GGGGUAGGCCGGGCAGGAGAGCCGAGCAGCUGACAGGCGGGUGGGGCUGGCGGGGAAAGCCGACCUGUAGCCGGGAGCGGAGGCGAACCGCGCUCCCGAAGCCGACUUCCAGGCUGCGGCAUUAUUGUCCCUCAGGUGGAGCUGGAAAAUGAAACAAUAACAAACUUUUGAGAGACUGUUGUAUCUUUCAUGUCAGUGAUGUCUGUGCCUAUGGUACCUGAAUCUUGCAGCCAUGUAUUGGCAGAGUUUGAGUGCCUCAGUCCACUCCUUUCUGCUCUCAGGCUGGAUUCUAAUCGUCUGAAGUGCACAUGUAUAGCAGUUUCUCAAAAAUGGUUGGCGCUAGGUAGCUCUGGUGGAGGCCUGAAUCUAAUCCAGAAAGAUAGCCGGAAACAGAGACUUUUUCUCACUCAUAAGGAAGGUGCCAUUUCCCGCAUUGCCUUUUGUUUACAUGAUGAGGACUAUGUUGCUGUAGCUACAAGCCAAGGCCUUGUUGUUGUCUGGGAAUUGAAUCAGGAACGUCGUGGGAAACCAGAAAGGAUUUAUGUGUCCUCUGAGCACAAAGGCAGAAAAAUAACAGCUCUUUGUUGGGAUACUAGUGCAUUUCGUGUUUUUGUUGGUGAUCAUGUGGGCAAAGUGUCUGCCAUCAAGAUUAAUACAUCCAAACAAGGAAAGGCUACCACUGCAUUUGUGAUGUUUCCAGUUCAGAUUAUAACCACUGUUGAUUCUCGUGUGGUUCAGCUUGAUUAUUUGGAUGGAAGGUUGCUUAUCUCUUCUCUUACCCGAUCUUACUUAUGUGACACUGAGAGGGAGAAAUUUUGGAAAAUUGGAAACAAGGAAAGAGAUGGGGAAUAUGGAUCUUGUUUUUCCCCUGCCGGAAAGAGUUGUGGUAGCCAACAGCCUUUGAUAUAUUGUGCACGUCCUGGUUCACGGAUGUGGGAGGUGAACUUUGAAGGGGAGGUGCUAAGUACACAUCAAUUCAAACAGCUCUUGUCAUCACCGCCUCUGCCUGUCGUGACUCUAAGGGAUGAUCUGGAAUAUAAAGUUUCAGCUUGUUCCCCUCAGUCUUUGGCUUUUCCUAGGCUGCUUUAUUUGAGUGAGCACUGUGUAAUGACAUGGACAGAAAGAGGCAUUUAUAUUUUCAUUCCACAAAAUGUUCAAGUUUUGCUCUGGAGCGAAGUGAAAGAUAUUCAUGAUGUUGCAGUAUAUAAAAACGAGCUCUUCUGUUUGCACACCAGUGGAAAAGUCUCUCACCUUUCCCUUCUACCUGUGGAAAAAUGUAUAGAACGUUUACUUAGAAGAAGCUUUUGGACGCUUGCAGCCAGGGUCUGCUGCCUCUUCCAGAAUUCUAUUGUCUUAUGUCGGGCAAGAAAAGCUCUUCCCAUAGAUAAGCUAGAGCAUUUGAAAUCUCAGUUGGAUCUUUCAACACAAAGUGAUAUCAUUACUCAACUUGAAGAACUGAUCUCAAAGCUGGAGCCUUUAGAUUCUGCAUGCAGCAGCAGGAGGAGCAGUAUUUCUUCACAUGAAAGUUUCAGCGUAUUAGAUUCUGGCAUUUAUCGUGUUAUUAGCCGAAGAGGCAGCCAAUCUGAUGAGGAUUCUUGCUCUUUACAUAGCCAAACUCUAUCAGAAGAUGAAAGAUUGAGAGAAUUUCACACACACCAGGAAGAAGAGCACCAGGAAUUUGACACUGUAUCUCAUGCUUCUGUGAUGGUCGACACUGAUCGGAAUGAGACUUUUCUUCCAUUCAGUAUUCCAUUGUCAUUCCGUUCCCCAUCUCCUCUCGUCUCUCUUCAAGCUGUCAAGGACAGUGUUUCUAGCUUUGUACGUAAGACCACAGAAAAGAUUGGUACUCUUCAUGGGAGUCCUGAUAGAAUCAGACAGGACAUUAAAGAUGAAGAACAGCUUCCAGAAAUGACUGCUAGACUAGCCCAACCUCAAGAGGAAGGAGAAGACGACGAAGAGCUUGAGCUGCAGAGCCAGCCUCAUGAAGAGGACCCCCUUAAAGACCUCGGGGCAGAAACUAUGGAGACCCUAACCAGACUUCAGGAUCCGCUAGUUUUGUUACAGCCACAGUACUUGAGAGCAGUUUUGCUAAACUGGAUUCCAUUUCUGGAAAAAACAUUUAGAUUCGAGGCAUCUGCCGUUUUGGAUGAGAGCUCAUCUAAGAUAGACAAUGAGAUGCCUUUGCAGCCUGAAGACCAGCAAGUUUUCAAAGAAAAUGUGGAAAUGCCUCAACAUGAUGAAUGUGCAGAUACAGAACAGUUGCCUGUCUUGAGAACAAACUAUGAAAAUGAUGAUGUAAAUAAAGAACAAGAAGACACCUGGGAAGAAAAUACCAGGCCAAAUAGUAGCAGUCAUAUUGAUAAAAUACUGAGCAAAUAUCCGAAGUCGGAAACCACAUUUAACCAUUCUUUUCAGAUUCAUUCUCCAUGUUUCAUACCAGAGAAUAUUCAGAAAGAUCUGGUAGAGCUGGCAACUUUAUGUUUUGAAUUAAAUGUAUAUGAAUAUUCACAAAUUAAUGGUGAACAGUAUGUGCAGCCAGAAGAUUCAGAUGCCUUGGCUUGUAGAUUCAUAAAAGACUACUUUUUUCUUCUGGAUCUGGAAAGGCUGAAGCAAUGUAUUAUAACCUGUCAUAGCAAUCAUCCUAGAGUUUGGGAAACCUAUGUGGAAGGAUUAAAAGAACUGACUCGGACUAGUCCAGUCACUAUGGCCCUGGAGAAUGGAGAUAUGUUUAGAAUACUGAAAUUGCUAGUGGAUCUGGGUCCCUGGGAUGCUCCUGUGUUGCUAGCACAUGUCCUAAGGCUUUAUGAAAAAUUUGGAGAAACUUCGCUAAGGCCCUUGAUCAAGUUCUGUCCCUCUAUUUUGCCUUCAGAUAUCAAGCAAAUUUGUAAAAGCAAUCCUCAGCAUUUCCUGGCAUAUUUAGACAGUCUGAUCAAAUCAAGGGCAGAAGAUGAACGGCUGUCCUUCCUGGGAUCUCUUCUUCACCCUGAGUCAUUACGAUUAGAUUGGUUAUCUUUGGCAGUUUCUCAAGAUGCCCCACAUACAGCAAGUACAAUGGAUGCCCAAGGAAAUCCACGGCCACGUUCACAUUUAUUUACUUGGGGCUAUAACCAACUGAUCUUACUAUUGCUUAAACUCCCAGCUGACACUGUAAUGAAAGAGAAGAUGUCUGACAUUUGCAAAAGCUAUGGCUUCUGGCCUGGAUAUCUUUCUCUCUGUUUGGAGCUGGAUAGAAGACCUGAAGCCCUUACCCAUAUUGUUUGUUUGGAUGAUAUGAACUUGUUGGAUAGAGAACAUGGGGCAAUUCCAGAAACAGUGGAAGAAUGGAAAUUCCUUCUUUGCCUUGUGAAGAGUCAUUGCAGUAGUGUUCCUCAUCCAGCUAUGCAAAAUGGUGGUGCUGUUAGUAAUGGUGAUCCGAAUUGGCCAAAUAGUGUAACAGUUGAAAAUGUGGCUCUGCUGUUGGCCAGAGUAAUUGGUCCCGAUCGUGCCUUGCAGCUGUUGCACGAAUGCGGCCUGAUGGUUGAAUUAUCUGAAAGAUUUGCUAAGGUCUGUGAGAUACUAAGAAUUGCUGAAAAAAGACAAAGAGCCCUGAUUCAGUCCAUGCUGGAAAGAUGUGACCGAUUUUUGUGGUCUCAACAAGCAUAGCAAACAAAUGACGGAAAAUGAUAGUAGUAAGAAGCGUGUUCCUCUUGUGCUGUGCCAUUUUUCCAGCAAUGUUUUCCUGACAAAGUGAAGAUGCAUUUAGUCAGAUCUACAGAAAAAGUGAUAACAAAGCUCCCUUUUCUACUGGAUUUCCGUCAUUCAGUAUUUGAAUGCAUGUUUACCCAAUACUUCUAACGAACAAUUGUAAUGCUGCUGCUUGCUCAGCAAGAAUGCUUGUGCAUGGUAACCCCUCUGAGCUACUAGCAUUAAGUUUAGAUGUGAAAACUGGAUUCUUUAUGUAGGAAGCAGUGCUUCCCAUUCAGCAUAUAAAUUUCAAAUGAAUAACUUCCAUCACAUUUCUAGCAGAUUGCCAUUUUCAGAAAGCUGCAUAUAAAUGAAUGUAAUUGCAGGGACUACUAAGUGUAUAAUAAUUGAGUUGAGUUAAAACACUUUUAAUAUAACUUUUGAUUCAUUGGCUGAAGUAAAAGGGUGUUAAAACAAGUAUAUAAUCUCCAAAUAUUUAUAACUAUAGCACUGUGGAAUUUUACAAGUUUUAUUCCGAAUUUGAAGUGAUAAUCAACAGAACUGAGAUUCCAGUAGUUAAAUGUAAACACUGGCAGAACUUGCAUAUAUUAAAAAUGGUGUUUAACAUAAUAUUUUGGCGUUUUAAGAGUUUAUAUAAUCCUGUAUACUAUGGCAUAGUGCUCUCUCAUUGCACACAUCCUAAAGAAAAUAUUUUGCACUGUUUUUUUGUUUACAUCCUUGCACAAUGCAUUCUGUGCAUGCAUGCUUGGAAACAGUUCCCACUGUUCAAUACAGCUUAUGCCCAAGUAUGCACGCAUAUGAUCCUGUUCAUCAAAUCGGUAUAAUGAUAUACUUUCCCUUCUAAAUCUAGGUGUUGGGUUGUUGUUUUUUGUAAUGCUUGACUGUUUCAGAAAUGAUGUAUAAGAAAAUGCGCUCCACAUUUCUGUUAAUACUACCAUUGGAUAUUUGAUCAAGAUAUAUGCACGUAAUUUGGUUUCCAUUUGUAUGUUAAGAUUAUUUAAUAUUGGAUGCUUCAUUUUUGAGAAGGCUUGGAUGCAAAGCAGUUUGCAGUUAUUUCUCCUGGUGCAAAGGUACUUGCUUCUCCAUCUGGCAGUAGCUCCCCACAUCUUUUGAAAAAAGAUCUGCUGAAAGUUGGGGGGAUCCUCUAGAUUGGUCUUUUGGGGAAUGGAAAGCACUGCAGUAUUUGUUGGGGGGGUGAUGGUGGAAUCGGCAACUUUCCCACACCACGCACAUAAAAUAGUGCUUUUUUUCUAAUGCACUGAGGUGGUUUGACUCAAAGUCCAGGUAAAUUGUGCCUAUUAGAUAUUGGGUGAUAUCUAACAUUAGUCAUACUCAAGGGAGACACCGAAUAUGACUUCAUUGAAUGUUGCCCAUUGUUCUUGUAUUAAAUAUGUUAGAACUAUGCAGUUUUCAUACAUUACUAGUGAUUUAUUGAAGCUUGAUAAUCAGGGCUAGAGAAAGGUUACAGAAUUGUGUAAUAUUAUUAUAGUCCUUCAGCUGAAAACUGAAAUGUCACAAUUGCAUCAUCUUGUAUACUCAGGUUAUUGUACAGCUUGUAAGGACUUACACGUAAUUUAAUACUACUGAGUUCUUCUUUCUUAACUUACAUGCUUGAGGGCCUUAUAUAUAUUUUUAGGACACAGUUCAAAAAAUCUUGUUGGCCAUGUGCAAAAGCUUGAUUCUCCACAGUAUCUUCUUAGACCUGUGCUGUUCCCCUGAGUUUUCUUUUCUGGCAGGUUUCAUUAGUGCUGUGGAGGCUACUUCCAGAAGCCCAGCUGUGUGUAGAGUUCACCUUCCAGCUCUUUGAAUCUGGGCCUUAUUUUUAAAUGAAUGUUUACUACCUCACAUUGGGGGUGGGGGGAUAGCCAGUGUGUUAAUUGUGCUCAGAGUAGACUUAAGGCCAUUGAUUUUGUCAGGUCUAUUCUGAAUCUAACAUGGUUGGAGUUCACUUAUUGGUUUUGCGAUAUUUUUUAUUAAAAAGAAGCACAAAAUAAUGAAAUGGUACUUUUCACACAGAUUUUUUUGAAGAGAAUGUGAUGUGGAACAACUAAAAGUUUAUGAAACAUUGUUUUGCAUUUUGUUACAGCUUAACAAUUUGUAUUUUUAAAAAUAAUUUACUUGCAAGCAUACUUUAUUUUGUAGUCACUGUUCAUGUUUAAACGACAGCUUUAAAACAUUGCUUGUAACCAAACAGCUUUGUUUGUGCCUUGUUCAUAUUUUUGUUAAUCCAGAUUUUAAUAAAAAUUAAUAUAUCUUA